AUGACAACAACAAGUCCGCCUUCUACCACCCAUCCUGACGGCAGGAACAAUGAUAUCUCCUCCUCCCAGCGAAGACCAUGGCUAUCGUCCUUGAGGACGAGACGAAAGAAUACUAGCGCUUCUGGUGUGGCACCUUCGUCCUACGAAGCUCCGCUGGACUAUGAACGCGACAACGACUGGCAACGACUGCCAUGGCUGGAGUUAUUAGAACAAGGAGAACUCACGUCCAAGGACAUGACUGAAAGCGGUGCGAUUUCCAAGAAAUCUUCCUAUUGGACACCAUCCUUCCGAACAGCAGCACCUUCUCCGGUGAAUCAAGAGGAGGUGAUUCUUGUGAAAUGA